AUGGCUUCAACAGGCGGAAGUGGUGGUCUAGCUCCCAGUAAAAGUACAGUUUAUGUUUCAAAUUUCCCCUUCUCACUCACCAACAAUGAUCUUCAUAAAAUAUUUGAAAAAUACGGCAAAGUUGUCAAAGUUACGAUAGUGAAAGAUAAAGUAACACAUCAAAGUAAAGGUGUAGCGUUUGUUUUAUUUUUAGAACGGGAGUCUGCCUAUAGAACAAUAGCUGCUCUUAAUAACACACAGAUGUUUGGUCGAACUAUAAAAUGUAGUAUAGCUAAAGAUAAUGGUAGAACAACAGAGUUUAUACGGAGAAAGGAAUAUAAAGAUAAAUCUCAUUGUUAUGAAUGUGGGGAAGAAGGACAUUUAAGUUAUGCCUGUCCAAAAAAUUUACUGGGAAAUCGAGAUCCUCCCCCUAAAAAGAAGAAAAAGAAUAAAUAUGACGAGUAA